AUGAGCGCCGAGUGCAGCAGCUACCUUAACGCCGACAAGGUGCUGGUGAGCGGGUUCAGCUGCCCGCGGGCGGGCGGCGACGCUCGCGCCGUGUACUGCUGCGGCUUCCAGGACGUCAAGUAUUGCUGUGAUGACCCCCACAGCUUCUUCCCCUACGAGCACAGCUACAUGUGGUGGCUCAGCGUUGGAGCGCUUGUGGGCCUGUCAAUAGCAGCAGUGGUCCUGUUUGCUUUUAUCAUCACUGUGUGUGUUCUCUGUUACUUGUUUAUCAGCACAAAGCCUUGCAGCAAGCUGGAUACAGGCUUACACUUACAGAUGGCAGGUACAGAGCUGCAUUUUUCACAAGGUCCCCACCAAAAUAAGCUGUUGGCAGAACCAACUGGAUUCAAGAGAUUUCCUCUGCCACAAGGGUGGACUGUGAUCCACAAGAACCUAACCAACUCUGAGUUGUUUCCUGGUUCCUACAACCACAGUUGA